UUGCAGGUCGUCUCCACACAUCGUUUAUGUGGCCCUGAUGAGUAUCCUAUCACUGGUUAUCCAGGGGGGAAAUGUUUCCCUUGUGCAAAAUGCCAGGAGGGUCAAGGGCUUGUGCCAAAAUGUGGAACUCACAUAGUAUACCAAGUUGACAUAAUUGAUUGUAAACCUUGUGAAUCAGGGAACUUCAGUGACAAGUAUGACAGUUCUUCUUGUUAUGUUUGUCAUGAGUGUGUUGAAAAUGAAAAAGUUACUGUGCCAUGUAACAGCACAUCAGACACUGUCUGCAGUGGAACUUGUAAGAAAGGAUUUUAUUUCAGCAAAAAGGAUGGCACUCACAGCUGUCAGAAAUGUUCACACUGCUGCUCUGAUGACCAAGAUGAGAAGGUAGCUGAGUGCAAAGAACAAGGCUUUACUGAAUCCAAACAGUAUUGUGCCCCUCGACCUGACAAAGAUUGUGCUCCAACACCAUAUGCACCAACAGGAGGCAAACAUGGAUCAGAUACUUCAAAUAAUAGCAAGCUAUCACAGACAACUGUAAUUAUUUUAAUUGUGGUUGGUACAGCAAUUGCCUUGGCAGGAGUGUUAUCUGCAGUGAUAUUAUAUUGCCGCAAAAGAAGAAAGAGAGAAAAUAGGAAUUGUCGGAUUAAUUGUAAGUUGAGCAUGAUUAUGUGAGAAGUGUAUCUCUACAAUUUUGAAAUAGAGUUGGUUUCCUUUUUUUACUGGUCUAGUAACAUGAGUGGGAGAAAACAAGUUGAGUUUAAUCAUUUAAAUAGAUUUACAAACUAUCUGAGACUGAUUUUUCUGCCAACAUCCUGCAUGGGUUACUAAGUCAAUUACUCAACAGAAACUACAGAUUGUCAGUUUUAUAAAAUAGCUAGUACAUGUUAUGUGUUUACUAUGACUAUGAACAGUAGCUUUUUGAGAAAAACAUGUACAGGUAGUGUCCUGGGUAUUUUGUAAUUCAGAAGUAUAGGGGAAGCAACUUUUUCUGGGUUGUUUUUAUAAAUGGUAACUGUUAUCAUAAUUAUAAUGAUUUCUUUUAGCUGCCCAAAAUAAUGCAAGUGAGGGUGCAGAAGCAGAAUCACAAUAUAAAGCAGCAACUGUACCUCUCAGAGACAUGCAAGGACAAACUGUUGAUGCUAGUGCCAGAGAAACAUGUGUCAAUGGAGAUGAAGAAAUCUCAGGCAUGUGCUUUGUGGCUUUCUUUGCAAAUAAGAGCUUAGAUAAAUGUAGCAGGAAGUGAUGUGAAUUGUGGCAAUCAGUCUGAACACAUUAUGCAUCAUGCCCUUCUUCCCCAUUAGUCAGUCAUGGAUUACUUUCAACACUCAGUUGAAAAUUGUCCUAUGUACUAGAUAUCAUGGAAAUGUUUUAGUUAAUGUAGUAGUAUGUUGUUUUGUUCCUGUAGCUUUGUUUGCGUAAGGGUGUUAUGACUGAAUUUGAUUAAAAUCUAAAAUUUUUUUGUACAGACAGCGAGUAACAUUAUACUAAUAUGCACUCAUUAGACAGUAGAUAAUCAGUACUGACUAAAUUAUUCAACUUAAUAGCAUCCCAGAAUGUAGACACUCUGGUUACUUCCAGUCAAGAUCAAGAAAUUAGAAGGGCUCCUUCUGUGCCUGAGCCUGGUGUCUCAGGAGUUGUGACUAUAAUAACCAAUAGUGUGCAACAUGAAACGAGUGCUGAGUCAGUUUCUGGUGCUGAAGUUAGACAUCCUAAUAGUGACGGUGGUCGAAAGAAUUCUUUAAAUCGUUCACUUAGUAGGGAUUCUCAGAAAAGUGGUAAUUAUUCAAUGUAUUGUGGUGAUGUCAGAGGAGAAAAUGAUAAUUUCAGUGUGUUUGACAUAACAAUGGCUUUCAUAAUCAAAAAUGUUUUUGCUACAUGUGCAUGAUGUAGUUUGGUAUAAUAAGAAAGGAAUUUUGAUAAAAAUAAUGCCUUAGUGAACCUUGCAAUCAUAAUUGAUCAUUAUGAAAUGUAAAUGCAAUGUCACAUAGAAAGAUUUAUUUAUUCCAGCCUUUGAACAUGAUUUAUAAUUUUGUGCUGCACAAGUGAGCCCUUUUCCACUAGGAUUGUAACUAAAGAUAAUUUCCCCAAAUGGAUGGCAAUACAUUUCUUUGUUUUUUAGUGUUCCUGAGAAUUUGCAGUCAUAUAAAGACAAUAUCCCCAACAUGGUUAUUUCUUUGUUCUCAAUUUCCCCACAUUCCUGCUGUAUAACAUAUUAAAAGUGCAACUGUAAAAUGGACUAUUAAGUAUGUAUCACUCGAUCAUCUCUAGGAAUGAAAUUAUGACAGGUUAAGGUGAACGAUAAUUGAAACAAAUUUUUUGCGAAGCAUCUUAGUGGGUUUGAAUCUUAAAUUGUCAAAUCUGAUUGGCUCAUUGCUCACUCAUAGCCAUUUGUGCUUUUCUUAGUGUACCAUUUGCAGCAAAGGGGAAAAAAGAAAACCAGCAGAAAACUGAAUAAGUUAAUUAUUGGUAAAGGCAGGUUCAUAUGGGAAAAACCUUGGUAUUGAGUACAGCUUAAGACCCCCAGCAAAUUUUUCCCCAUAAGAACCUUCCACUGGGCAAAUAACUUAUAUGUAUUCCCUAAAUUUUUAUCUUGAACUGCCUAUAGAAGUGAAAAUUCUGAUUUAGGCAUGAUGUACUACAAAUCUUCAUUUCUUAGGAGAUGAUGCAAGUGGAGGUAGCUACAGAAGUAGAAAGUCAUCAAUAUCAAGCCUCACAGGAACUUUUAAGUAAAGCAAUGAAAACUCCAAAAGGGAUGGAUACACAUAACUUGGUGGUUAACAUACAUGUAGAAGAGGUGCAGUUACAAAUUGCAAAUUCUAUAUCACAUAAUAAUUGUAGAAUCAUAUUAUUCAUUAUCUAUGAACUAUUUGUACACUGUACAGUCAUGUGAGAUUUAGUGUUACAAACUGACACUAUGUGGUAGAUGUAAACUUUAAGCUGCUCUUAGUUGACUUAUACAAUUACAACUAUUGAAAGAUUAACUUUUAAAUGAAAGUUUGCUAAAUUUACUCUUUUAAUAUCUCUUUUAGCAUGUGGAUGAAUUAGAACAAGGUAAGAUAUUGUUUGACAAGACAAUUAGAAUAUCUAGAACUCUCUGAUUAUUUAUGAUAUGCUUUGUGGGAUUUUAAGAGGCUGUGAUUUAAUGCAACAUCAUUCACUUGCAAUUUCGUUUUUUUUAAUUUGUACAAUUUAAGUUACUUUGCCAUCCACUCCAAAAGUUGCUUGAGCCUUUAUUCCAAGAUUGAAUCUCUGACUGUUGGAUUCUAUUUUCUGUCCCACAAGUGUUUAUUGGUUUUUUAAUAUUUAUUAAUAUUUAUUUGUCAUUAAAAUAUGAAUUCCAUCUUUGCAAUUAGAUAAGUUAUGCACAGUUUGAAUUUAUUCUGGUUUAGGAGCUACUUGGCCAAUAACAAUUAUACAGCAACCAGAAUCUCAAAAGGUAAAAACAGGCACAAACAUGGAGUUUGAAUUUAAAUGCAAGGCCAACAGCAGACUGACCUAUCAGUGGUUCAAAGAUGGAACACUGCUUCGUUCACCAGAAAAGAAUAAUGAAGCCAUAUUGCAACUAAAAUCUGUUAAAAUGGGUGACUUUGGUUGUUACAAAUGUUGUGUGAGUUGUCAGGAUAAUCCCAUUGUUUUGUGGAGUCAGUUGCAGUAG